CGCUUCACGAUAUCCCACGUUCAGACAGCCAAUAAGCAGGUAAAAUUAUAAAAGGCAAGCUUAAUUGGCACUCUCCUUCCACAUUAUUCUUACAGCUGAAUGAUUAUGAGAUUCGGAAAGGGAAAAAGAUUGGUGUUACCGUAUCUUAUAACAAUCACCGCUUGUUUGUGGGAAAUAUUCCAAAGAAUCGAGACCGAGAUGACUUGUUCGAAGAAUUUACAAAGCACGCACCUGGUCUGACCGAGGUGAUAAUCUACAGUUCUCCGGAUGAUAAGAAGAAAAAUAGAGGUUUUUGCUUCUUAGAAUAUGAAUCUCAUAAAGCUGCUUCCUUAGCCAAACGAAGAUUAAGUACCGGUCGCAUCAAAGUAUGGGGCUGUGAUAUCAUAGUUGAUUGGGCAGAUCCUCAAGAAGAACCUGACGAACAAACAAUGUCUAAAGUACGUGUCUUGUAUGUAAAAAACUUGACGCAAGAUUGUUCCGAAGAGAAACUAAAGGAAAGCUUCGAACAAUAUGGUAACAUCGAAAGAGUGAAAAAAAUUAAGGAUUACGCUUUUGUCCAUUUUGAAGAAAGAGAUAAUGCUGUUAAGGCAAUGAACGAAUUAAACGGAAAAGAAAUCGGAGGUUCUCACAUUGAAGUAUCCCUUGCAAAACCACCAUCUGAUAAAAAGAAGAAAGAAGAAAUGCUUCGUGCUAGAGAGCGAAGAAUGAUGCAAAUGUUUCAAGGUCGAAGCGGAGGUUCUCCAUCGCAUCCAAGUAUGAUGGGAGGACCAAUGCCAGUUCGCGGACCAGGACAAGGUCCUCGAGGUACUGGCGCAGGUAUGCGAGGACAAAUGGGACGAGGCGACUAUGGCUGGACGUGGCCGUGGAGUAGUGCCGCGUGGCCGAGUCGGUGGCCCCCAAGUCCGUGGGCCAGUCAGGGGGGGACGCAACCCCGCAACUUCAGGGGCUCGUGGGGUCCAGCGGCUGUCCGCUCGUGGGGGGGUAAACGAAAAUUUGACGGGGGUCACCAGAACCAGGGGGAAUCUAAGCGUCGCUUCCAGAGCAACUGGGGAAACCAACCCCUCGCCCAACAACCACUGGGCAAUGCGUACGGAUUGGCGAGUGUGAACGGUGGCAGUGGUGGUGGUGGCGGCGGUGACAUAGGAUUUGGAGGUAGGACCGCUACUCUCGGCGGCAUUUCCAGCGAUGAUCACGAAUGGUAUCAAGAUUCCUACCAGUCAUGGAGCUAACUUCUACAAGUCUGUGAGUGAAUACGCACGCACGCACCCAUCUAAGUACGCACGCAAGCACGCACGACGAGAGAAUUUUAACGGACGAGCAAAAUAAUGUGUACAACGUAAGAUGAAAGAAUAAUAAUAAAUUGGAGUUGCUGCAAUGGACGAAGAACGGGGCAAAUUGAAAGCAACGAAAGCAAAAGCUAAUUGCGGAAAAAAGAAAAGUAAAAAGAAGAAAAGGAACAGUUUGGAGAAACGUGGAAAAAGAUAAGAGGGGGAAAAAAAAAAAGAAUCAACCUAAAAGGGUGUAGAAAACCCACGUAUAAUGCUACUUACUCUAUAAAAUUUGGCAAUUGUAAAUGUUUUUAUACCUAUUUAAUCAUCAGAUGGACGAACGGACGAAAACGUGAAAAAAAGCGCGCGUGAAGCGUCGUACUGAACGUCACCACCAUCGCUAGCUCUCAUUGUGAUUGAUAUACAGUGACGUAUCACUGGGACUAAUUAUUUUUAAUUAAAAAAACCGGAGUGAC